AUAAACAAAUGAAUAAUUAUUAAAUCCCACAAUUAAUUAUUUCUCUCUUCCUUGCUGCUUUUGCUAGGCAAGGCCUUGGGUUGGGCCUUCUCUCUCCUUCUCUCUCUCCCUCAGGCUGCUCAACCUCCAUAUCCAGCUAUCUCAGACCAAGCUCCUUCUGUGUCCAUGGCAGAUCCAGCCUCCAAACAUUAAAAGUUUAAAUAUUUCCUUUAAAGGUUUCUGCUUCUCUCAAAUCUCAUAUCCGGAUCCGUACGGCAUUUCUCAGCUCGAGCUCACACUACUUAAACCAGGCUCCGAGCUCCGUUUUGCUUCAUGGGUUCGAAAAGAAAAAAGUCCGAUUCACCGGACCCGGACGAGCCGAACCGGGUAGGGUCGGAUUUUCCAGACGAGGUUUUGGAGCAGGUCCUCGGCAUGGUGAAGUCCCGCAAGGACCGGAGCUCGGUCUCGCUGGUGUGCAAGGACUGGUACGACGCGGAGCGCUGGUCCCGCCGCCAAGUUUUCAUCGGAAACUGCUACUCGGCGUCGCCGGAGAUAGUGACCCGGCGGUUUCGGAGCAUCCGGAGCGUGACCCUGAAAGGGAAGCCCCGGUUCUCGGACUUCAAUCUGGUUCCUCCGAACUGGGGCAGCGAUGUUCAGCCUUGGCUGGAGGUGUUCGCCAGCGAAUACCCGCUUCUGGAGGAGCUGAGGCUGAAGAGGAUGACGGUGACUGAUGAGAGCCUUGAGUUCUUGGCUGUUUCGUUUCCUGGGUUCAAAGCUCUCUCGCUUCUCAGCUGUGAUGGGUUCAGCACAGAUGGCCUCGCAGCCAUUGCCACUCACUGCAAGAAUUUGACUGAGCUGGACAUACAGGAGAAUGAAAUUGAUGAUAAAAGUGGCGGAUGGCUAAGUUGCUUCCCCGAAACUUUCACAUCUUUGGAAAUACUGAACUUUGCCAGCCUCAAUAGCGAUGUCAAUUUCGAUGCUCUUGAGAAACUUGUACGCAGGUGCAAAUCAUUUAAGGUGUUGAAGGUUAAUAAAAAUGUAACCUUGGAACAGCUACAGAGGCUUCUUACCCAUGCUCCUCAGCUUCUGGAGCUAGGCACUGGCUCAUUUUUGCAAGAGCUCACCACCUGUCAGAAUUCACAACUUGAAAGAGCAUUUAGCAGUUGCAAUAAUUUACACACGCUCUCUGGUUUAUGGGAAGCAACGGCCCUGUAUCUUCCAGCUCUGUAUCCUGCAUGUACAAAUCUCACUUUCUUGAAUUUGAGUUAUUCUGCUUUGCAAAGUUGGGAACUUGCUAAGCUUCUUGCUCAUUGCCCACGUCUACGGCGCCUUUGGGUCCUGGACACAGUGGAAGACAAAGGGUUGGAGGCUGUCGGAUCUAACUGUCCUUUGAUUGAGGAACUCCGUGUUUUCCCUUCUGAUCCUUAUGGUGAUGAUAUUAUCCAUGGGGUGACUGAAUCUGGGUUUGUUGCUGUGUCUUAUGGUUGCCGAAGACUCCGCUAUGUCCUUUACUUUUGUCGGCAGAUGACUAAUGCAGCUGUAGCAACUGUUGUAAAAAACUGCCCUGAUUUCACCCACUUUCGUCUCUGUAUAAUGAACCCAGGGCAACCAGAUCACAUAACAAAUGAGCCCAUGGAUGAGGGUUUUGGUGCAGUGGUGAAGACUUGCACUAAACUCCAAAGGCUUGCAGUUUCAGGUUUAUUGACCGACCGCACAUUUGAAUACAUUGGAGAAUAUGCUAAGAAUUUGGAAAGGCUUUCAGUAGCUUUCGCUGGAAAAAGUGAUUGGGGGAUGCAGUGUGUGCUGAAUGGUUGUCCAAAGCUCAAGAAACUUGAGAUAAGAGACUGCCCAUUCGGGAAUGCAGCUUUGCUUUCAGGUUUUGAGAAGUAUGAAUCUAUGAGAUCACUUUGGAUGUCAGCCUGCAAUGUGACAAUGAACGCUUGUCGGCUAUUGGCAAGUGAGAUGCCAAGAUUGAAUGUUGAGGUAAUGAAGGAUGAUGGGAAUGAUGAUGAUCAGGCUGAUAAAGUCUAUGUUUACCGUUCUGUUGCUGGGUCAAGAAGGGAUGCCCCACCUUUUGUUCUCACUUUCUGAAGGUUGAAAACCUAUUGUGCUCACCCUUUGAAGCUUACAAAAUACAUGGUAAUCUCUCUCUCGCUCUCACACAUUCCUGGGGAUCUUACCACAGUCAGCAAUGACAGUGUGUGCGCUUGCAAAUAUUCAUCGAGUUAGUUCCGUAUCUUAUAUGUGGUUACACACACAGGUACCUUCCAUCAUCAGGUUACAUGGUCUUUAAUAUCCUCCUAGGGGAUGAAACUAUUUCAUGAGCCCUGCCUGUGCGCAUGUUCAGGCUGUUCAUGUGUUUCUAUCAUGUUCAUGUGUUUCUAUCAUCAAUCCACCAGUUCCUAUGACCUGAGACCAAUAUUGUUCAUACAACCUCAAGUUUCUGCAGAGGACAUUUGAAGACAUUGGGUUUGAUAUUUUUACUUUGGUUCAGCUUAAUAAAUGGAAAGUAGAGAAAACGAAGGAUGAUAAAUUACUGAACUUGGAAUUUGUUCAUGUAUUAUUCAUGAUAUACAAAUUCAAGGAGAACAGGAAGGCAGUAAAGAUUUAUGAAACAGAGCUUUAUGCCUUUACAGCUUCCAAUGGCGGGAUCAUAUUUGCUUCAGCAGCAAGAUUGGCUGUACCCCUGAAAAGCAAGAAUGCAACGCUACCAAUCAAGAAAUGGAUGAAGCAGCCUUGGCUGUGUGUCACAAACGAACCAAAAUCUGUUCCUACUAUGCACUGCCACCCAGUCCCGUAUGACUCAUCGAAUUCCUGCAUGGAAACAAGCACAGCAAAAGACACAUGAAUUUCAAAUGAUUUAGUGAUGAUUCA